ACAGAGCGCUGUCUGCAAAACCUCUUCAACAUCCAAAGACACACUGCCUUCCUCUGCUCUUAAUGAUUCACUCCCCGACUCUGUAACCUGUCUUUAUCCAUGGAGGUUCGUACCCCUCCAAACCCAAUUACCCCUCUUGUUCUCUUUGGGACUUCACGUUUCUCUCCCAAAUUUCCUACCAACACUUGGAGCAGGAGGCCUUCAUUUAGGUACAACAUACCCAGUUCCAAAUUCUUCAGCAACCCCUCAUUUAGAAUAUUUUUACCAUCACGAAACAGCCGGAGUUUACAGAUACUUGCACAUUUUGGUCGACCCACGAGUCGCCGGAACUCGCUAAGGAAGAAACUCGUUGAGGAUCAACAGGUGCGCCACAAUCCCAGCUCUGAUCUUCAAAACGCUAAUCGUAGUUUCGAUGACAAUUGUAGCUUAACAGAUAAUUCGAAUAGUGUUGGUGCGGAAGAGCGUGACUUUAAUCAUGGUGGUGUUUUUGAUAGAGUUGAAUAUGGUGGACGGGAAGAAAUCAAAUCAAAACGUUUGGGUGAAUCUGUAUUGUCGAACAAAUUAGAGAAUUGGGUUGGCCAGUAUAAGAGAGAUAUCGAGGAUUGGGGUAUUGGGUCGGGUCCUAUUUUUACGGUUUUUGAAGAUUUGGAAGGGAAUGUCAAGUGGGUUUCAGUUGACGAGGAUGAAAUCUUGAGAAGAAGUCGAGUUAACCGACUCGAAUUGGAGGAGUCAACGGAAGCGAACUUGAGAACUCUGCGUGCUGAGAAUUUAGCUAGAGAGAUGGAGAGUGGGAAGAGUGUGAUUCCAAGGAAUAGUUCGGUGGCAAAGUUCAUUGUUCAAGGAGUGGAAUCUGGUUUUGUUAAGGCAGCUCCAGGGUUUACUCUUCGGCCUGAGCUGCUUCCAAAGCUCUCGAGAGUUGGGACCACGGUGUUGUUCGGAUUUGUUGUGUUGUGGGCAGUGAAGAAGGUAUUUUCUUUUGGAGGAAAGGACGUUUAUUCUACAGAAAAGGAGAAGGAAAUGACGAGGGGAAAGAUUGAGUCAGGAAAAAAGAAAGAUAUCAUUAGCGUCGAGAUUGUUCAAGAAACUUCAGAACCGACCACUCUGCUCAUUGAGAAGCCCAAGCUAGACAAGGAAAAACUUAUGAAUAGUAUUACAAAAGCCAAGGCAUGUACUGAUACAUCGUCAUUAUGUGAUUCCUUUGGUAAUCUGGCAGCCAAUUCUGUGGGCUUGGAUAAUAAAGUUCAGGAGAUCAGACAAAUGGCCAGCCAUGCCCGAGAAAUUGAGGGACCAGAGCUUUCUCAAUCCGAUAGAGAUGGGAGAGUAAAGCAGGUUGUGAAUAAAGAACUGUCCAGUGAGAUAGAACUAGUCGAUGUGCAUAGUGAAGAGGCUGCCAGUUCUUUAGGUAACCUUCCAAAUGGAGAUUUAGGGCAGAGUCAUGGCAUUUAUGGAACUAUAAGGAAUGCAACUUUGGAAAAACCAAAAUUUGAUGAUGCUGAAUUUUUCAGUAAGGUCACUUCCGUAGAGGAUACAGAUACUUGUUCUACUUCAAGUGAAAAGGUUUCAGAUGAUAAGCAAAGCAUUAUGCAUGAUAUUCAAGAUACCAAGAGUUCUUUGAAGUUAAAAGAUUCAAGAGAGCUUAUCCAAUCCUCUGAUACUCCUGAUGGUGAGUCAUGUAAGAAUAGAUCUUUCAAAACAAAACCAAGAGUCAUAUUGUCAGUGAAAGAAGCUAGAGACUAUCUUUCUGAAAAACUAGACAACCGAGAGCCUAGUGUAGAAUCCCAUGUCAAAACUGUGCAAAAAAGUGCAGAUGUUUUGAGGAUUCCUAGUGAUGAAGAAUUUGGUAGCAAUACAAGCCAUAAAUUUUAUGCGAAUGAUGAAGUGGUCGCCAUUUCAGGUCAAACAUCAGAUUAUAUUCCUUCCACAAAUGCUAGUGAAGUUUCUCUGAAGGAAUCUCUCCCAACCAGUAAUGAUGAUUAUGACGAUUCUGAGUCAGUAUUUGGAGUGGGAGAUAGUCAGAAACCCCAAACUUCCUUGAAUCAUGAAGUUAAUGGCGUCAAUGCAGAGACCGGAUCAUCUGCAAAGAUGGAAAACUGGAUACAAACAAAUUUUCAUGAAGUUGAGCCCAUAGUUAAGAAGAUUGGAGUUGGAUUUAAAGAUAAUUACCUUGUUGCUAGAGAAAAAGUUGACGAAUCGUUAGAAAAUCUCAAAAUUUCACAGCUUGGUCUUAACGAGGAUGAUAGUGAACUUGAGUGGAUGAAAGAUGAUAGCCUACGAGAAAUUGUCUUUCAAGUCCGUGAAAAUGAGUUGGCGGGGCGGGACCCAUUUUAUUUGAUGGAUGCUGAAGAUAAACAUGCAUUCUUUAGGGGUCUUGAAAAUAAAGUUGAGAAAGAGAAUGAAAAGCUUUCAAAACUGCAUGAAUGGCUACAUUCAAACAUUGAAAAUCUUGAUUAUGGAGCAGAUGGAAUCAGCCUGUAUGAUCCUCCAGAAAAAAUCAUACCACGCUGGAAAGUCCCUGUAGUAGAAAAGAAUCCUGAGUUUCUCAAUAACUUCCUAGAACAGCGGAAGGCAUUUUUGUCUGGAAACACCUCUGGUUCAGACCACCUGAAGAAGGACCACGAUGACUCCAUUCCCAUAUCAACAGAAUCACCCACCCCUGAGAAUGUUGUUGCUUCUUUGCCAACCCUUGAUUCACACAAAAAAAAUCACGAUGGGGAUUCAAAAUUUUCGAAGACGAUAAUCGAAGGUAGUGAUGGUUCUGUUAAAGCUGGAACAAAAUCAGGGAAGGAAUAUUGGCAACAUACAAAGAAAUGGUCCCGUGGGUUUUUGGAGUCUUAUAAUGCAGAGACAGACCCAGAAGUUAAGUCAAUUAUGAAGGAUAUGGGGAAGGAUUUGGAUCGGUGGAUCACUGAAAAAGAAAUAGAAGAAGUAGCUGAUAUGAUGACCAACAUACCUGAGAAGAACAAAAAAUUUAUGGAAAAGAAGCUCAACAAGCUCAAAAGAGAGAUGGAAUUGUUUGGACCCCAAGCUGUGAUGAGCAAAUACCGCGAGUAUGCGGAUGAGAACGAAGAAGAUUACCUGUGGUGGUUGGAUCUCCCACGUGUGUUGUGCAUUGAAUUGUACACAGUUCAUAAUGGGGAACAGAGGGUUGGAUUCUAUUCGUUGGAGAUGGCUACCGAUCUUGAAUUGGAACCAAAGCCAUAUCAUGUGAUUGCCUUUGAGGAUGCUGGUGACUGCAAAAAUCUCUGUUGUAUCAUUCAGGCUCAUAUGGACAUGCUUGGAAAUGGCCAUGCCUUUGUUGUUCCACAGCGUCCUAAAGAUGCUUUUCGGGAAGCCAAAGGAAAUGGCUUUAAUGUAACUGUCAUCAGGAAAGGGGAACUUCAGCUCAAUGUGGACCAAACACUAGAAGAAGUGGAGGAACAAAUUAUUGAGAUUGGAAGCAAACUUUACCAUGAUAAUAUCACAAAGGAACGCUCUGUGGAUAUAAGCUCCUUGAUGAAGGGCGUGUUUGGUGUCACUGGCAAACCCACAAAGAGAAAGAACCUGAAGCGAAUGCUGAAGAAGCCUGGCAAGAAAUAAGGAUGGUGCCUGCCUUCCAUGGGCAGCAAAAGGUUAAUUUCUUUAGCUGGUAAUAUAUGCACAAAUUCAGUGAACCUUGAGUGGACAACCUCACCCUACCCUCAGAUUUUAUGAAAAAGUACCAUUUAAACCAGACAAAGCAAGAAGGGGAAUAAAACAGAUUGACAAUGAUUUUGGCUUCUCUAAACAAUAUUGUACCUAUCAUUGUCGUACUUUCAUUUGACAAGAGCCAGACAAAUGACUGCCAUUGCCUUAGCCUGAUCUAUGAUGUUUCAACCCAGCAUUUAGCUCCCACUGCUAAGUUCCCCAGUCGAUCUGUUCCAAGCCUGCUAACGGGAGAUUGUUACAAUUUUUGCAUGCAUUUUUAAUGGUGGCAAAAUCUCGAUGUCAAGCUGGCAUAUACUUUCGGAAGAUUGGGUUUUUCUGAUUCAAGAAGAACUGUAACUGCCCAUUCCAUUUGCAUUUUGUGCUAAUUCCAUCCAAAGACGGACUGAGCUGUAGCCAGCUUUCAAUCUGUUCAUCAUGUGGUUGUGCAAGACAUGGUAAAUUGUCCUGGGGGUGAUUGACAACUGCUCCGCGUCAUCCUGCUGUCCAGGCUUAAAUUUUGAAAAUGUCUAGUUUUCGAGAAAUAUAGUUCUUUCAUCUUAGAUUUUGUCAUCUCUAAUUACGCUCAUUGAUGUGGCAUAUUUUAAGUAAUUGACAUUUAAGUGGUUGACAUAUGAUUGGGGAUGACAAGAUAAUAGGUGAAAAUAGCAUUAUAGUUUUUUUCUGAAGUUGUAUCACAUUAUUGCUUCUUAAUGUUAGUUAGAUGGUAUAUGUUGAUCUCUC